AUGCUUGACUGCUGGCUCAAGCUAAAGGCAGUUCGUGCUCAGAUACGUGCAUUCGUGCAUGUGUUCAGAGCAUGGAGGGCAACAGCAGCUGUGCCACUCAAGUACUCAACUUGCAGCUGCAGCAAUGUUACAUGGCUUGUUCUUCCACUCAAACCCUCUUCAUUCUCGACGCUGAGACGUCCCACCUCUGUGAAUAUACCAGAUUCGCUCUCAGUCAGGCAUACCAGUGCAAUCGUGAUUUGGAGAUCUUCUCACAAAGUAGCGCAUUGUGGUGCUGUCUCCCAUAAUUAUGCUGAGGCUGCUUCCACUCCAUCGGCAUCAACUCAUUAUGGGCCCAGCAACAUCGGCAAGACAAGGUCACCACGCAUGCAUAGGAAUGAACGUGAGGGUGCAGCUGAGGAAGCAAAUGAAGAGGACAAUGACGAGAACGAGAAUGAGGGCGACUGUGAGGAUGAGAAUGAUGAUGAGGGUGACAGCAGCAAGGAUGACAGCAGCGAGGACAACGGCAAGGACAAUGGCAAGGAUGGCAGCGAGGAUGACAAUGAGGAUGAUGGCAAGGAUGACAUCGAGGAUGGCAGCAGCAAGGACGGCAGCAAUGACGAUGAUGAGGACGAUGCACAGAAUCUUUUCAAGCAUGAGUUGCAGGACGAGGCUGAGGGGGAGGGCAACCAUGAGCUUGAAACAGACAGUGACCAAAAUGCAGCAAAACGUAAUCAGAGACUUAUCGCGUCAAGGCACAAAGGAGUCGCAUGGGAGUUGUUCGCUAGUGAUGACGGUGCAGACAACAGAAUAGCGAAGACCCUGUGCUCUUUGACACCUCGGGCAGCAACUUCACUGCAGGCUAGCCGUGAGAGUGAAGAAAGCUCAGAUUCACGUCCUGCCAAUACAUAUCGAGAGAAAGGCAAAUCUCAUGCAGAUUUGAGUGACUACACCAAUGCGGAUGACAAUGCCAUCUUCAAUGAGGAUGAUGAGAGGCUAGGGAGUGUCAUCUCUGAUGCUGACAAUGACGGUGAUGAUGAUGGCAAUGGCAAUGACAGUGAUGGUGUUGAUGAUGGGCCAGAGAAGGCAGAGAGGUGGACAAAGACACCGGGGCCAUUCUCCAAGGCCACCAAAGAGCCAGCAGAAGAUCUGGGUUACUGUGUGAUAACUGAAGCUGAAGACAUCACCUGCCAAUUCAGCAAGGGCACACACGAUGUGUUGAUCUAUGCAAACCUUGGCAUCAAGGCAUCUCACACACUGAAUCACUUCAACAUGUUCUGUACAUGGUACUCAGACCACCAUCUGUUUGCUCAGGCCAGCAACAUCACUCCUGCCGAAUACAGCAACAUGAUGGACAAAGCCUAUUGCAAACUUUGUGAGAGUGUCAAGGGUGAUGACAAUGCUUGUGAACGUGCCUUCAAGCUGAUAUUCGACUACUGCAACAAUCUGAAAAAGGACCCCGCUCAUGCCAUCUGCUCUGUGAAGUCUACGACAGCCAGAAUGAUUCGUGCACAUAAGCAGUUCAUGAACCUAGCUGGAACCUAUCACAAUCUCGAGGAUAUGGAGAUUAUCAGGCUUUCCACCCUCUUUGACAGCUCACAAUAUGUCAUGAGCUUGAUUGAGAAGAACAAGAUCGAUGCGGUGAAGCUCUGGGAUGACCUUACAACUGCAGUCAAGAAUGUCAAACUAGGCCAAGGUCACACCAACAUUCUGUUCAUAGGUCAAUAUUCUGAUGUGAAGAACCCGCAGCACGUUCCAUGGAAGAACUGGCUGAAUCUUGCAUACAAGCACAGUUUUACUAUGGUGGACUGGCAUGACAACGUGCAACCUGUGCCUGGAGAUCCAAAGUUUGAAUUCAAAUCUCUCAAGACUGAAGAGCUCAGGAAGCUUGUGGAGGGCUUUCUGCAGAGAGAGAAGAGCGGAGCAACCUUGCUACCAAUCCCUCACGUCGAGAGGUGGAGUAAAAGUGACCUCAAAAUGUCUGACAACAACCUUGGCAAAGGCAACAUUCCCCUAGUCAUUGGUCUGACAAGCACUAAGCACAAGACUCUGCACGACUUGACUGAAUGGCUGAGGAAGCUACAGAAAGACCAGUCGAAGGGCGCGAAGAAGAAAAGAGCCCAUAAUCACUCACUGAACAUCAACAAAGAUGCUGGACAAUAUCCCCUGCAUAUGACUGACCACCACGUACCCAGUUCCAAUGUGAUCACUGUUGACAGUGAGAAUGAGCACCCAUCAUCAUCACCACCCUGUCCACACAUUCCAACUGCUCGCCUGACUCGCAUUAUCACCAUUGAGAGCAAUGAUGAGCUGCCGUCGCCAUUGCUGCACCACCAUGAUGUGCCCAUUACUGUGCCUCAUGUGGCCGCUAUGCAUAUUGAUGUCAUAAAAAGAAGAAGAAUGGUCGAUGAGGUGGUGAUGAUGAGGAGAGGCAAGACAAGCCACAUUCAUUUGGCAAGUCUCGCAGUGAACACAGGCACAUGCUGCACACCGAGUGAGGCGGUGAAGGCCAAGCUGAUGGGGAUGCAAGGUUUCGUCCCUCUCUAUGGGUACCCAUCCAGGGCCGAUGUGUUCACAAAUGCUUACAGUGUGCCUGUUGCGCAUCUGGUCUACAUGCAGCAAGGCAAUGCCAUUGCAGAUUCAAGCCAUGUGCACGACAACAUCGGCUAUCCUCACUACAAAGACUACCUUUUUGACCUGGAGCAUGAAGAUUAUCUUUCAUCUGACUUUAAGGAACAUAGGCACACAGGAAAUAAGCAGAAUAUCACGUGUGACUACCGUAGGGGCUGA